ACCUGAUUCCAUUCAUCGGCAGGCGAGAAAAGGGGAUCCACACUCGAAUAAUCCAUAUCGUAGAAUAAUUUCAUCUUAUUGAAAUUACUGAUCAAGGUUGUCUCGCCUUGCGAUCUGUUCAAUUUUAAAUCUCAUAUUCAUUUGCUGGAGUACUUUUAUUUGACGAUUUGAUUUUUGCCAAGUCCGACGACUAUCUAAGCGUUUUUAGGUUACUCAGGAGGAAGAGGAAGAUGAAUACAAUUGUUGCGGCACUAUGGACGGCGCUGCUCUUUGCGGCAUAUCAGUUCCCCUUGCGACUUGCUUUCCCAUCCACGGUCCCCGCCAUGCUGUGGUCGCCUCAUCUAGAUCCAUCAUCUGGCAGAAUGAAAGAAGUCGUUGAUUACAGAGUCCUAUCUCCAGGAGACCUAGCCAACUCUGUGAUGACUGAAGGGGGAUGGUCGGACUUCCUGUGCAUGAGAAAGGAAGCUCAGCCAGCUCUGGAUCUUGCACUUAUUUUUGUAGGAGAACAGUUGCAGUCUCUGGAUAUAUCUGGAUCCAAAAAUUCAGACCCAGCACUUGUGGACCUGCUCAAGGUCUCCUUUUCAAAUGCCAGCUUCUCUGUGGCCUUCCCCUAUGUAUCUCCACCAGAGGAGAAAGUGGCAAUGGAAAGCUCUUUGAUUUCAGAAUUUGCAGAUGCUUGCCAGCAUAAUUUACAGCUCAGUAAUAUUGCUUUUCUGGAUUCAUGUUCUGUAGAGGGUCGAAACUUUGACAAAAUUGCAGACGUUCAUUCAGUACAUGACUACCUGCGAUCUACAAUGGAUAAGAAAUCUGAGAGGGGAACAAAUCUGAUCGUGUUUUGCCAUGGAGGUUCCCGUUCUAUGCUAGAUUCUGAUCAGCCGUAUUCUGAGGGCCAAAUUCUCUCUGAACUUCUCAAUUCUGUCGAGCAGAUGGGUGCAAAAUACACAGCUCUAUAUGUCUCUGAUCCAUUUAAGUCUAUUAUGUACCCUUCACACCGGGAACUAGAAAGAUUUCUUGCUGAAAGUACUUUUGGAAAUGGAUCAUCGAAUUCAACAGUGUGUGAUGGAGUUUGUCAGAUUAAGUCAUCUCUUCUGGAGGGGAUUCUAGUGGUAAGUUGAGCCUAUCUUAUAUUAGAG